AUUUGUCGCACGUGCCGACACAAACAUUUUCCUUUUCUGCUUCUACAACAAGAAUUCAUGCAACGGCAACAAAAUAGCCGUUUGGCCGUGCCUGAAAAUACCUCACCGGAGCGGCGAACACUUUCCUUUGUUCAAUUCGUUCCAACGGCCACAAACAUUUCAAAAUCAAAACCCAUUUAUUUGUUCCCCUUUGCCUGUAAAUCAUACCCCGCUCCCUCCUCCCCUUUCCUACCAAUUUCCGACUCACUCACAUCCUCUGUUUUCAUCAACACCCACCAUGUCUUUAACCUUCCACGACUAUCUGUCCUUCCAAUGUUCCAUCCAAAGCACUUGCAACGGCACCGUGGCUUCCGACCAGCAACCCAUGCAGCUCCUGGAGCUCCGACUCGGAAAUUCGACCCAUCUGAUUUCUCGAUCUUCUCGCCAAAUUCUCCAACAAACUCCCACAACCCCAAUGGGCGAUGCUCUGUUUCCUUUUGUUCUGCGCGACCUCCAACACCCACCCUUCCUCUCCAACUGCUAUGUUCUUCAGUUUUUGUCUUCCUUCAGCAUCCCCAUCGCCGCCUGCGACAUCAUCUAUGAAGAGAUCUCCUCGUUUGCGCUUCAAUUGGCCGCCGGCAACGUGGAUCUCAACUUCCACAUCGUCGUCGAAGUGGAUGUCAUCGAAAUGAUAUGGGUGGACCUGGACCCAUUCCUUGUUGAAGAAUAUUCUCCGGCUGAGAUGAACGGGGCGCCGGCGUCGGCGAUUGAGAGGUUGCAGAGGCAGGAAUUUGAUGGGUUAAGGGAGGAAGAGGAGGAGGGGGAUUGCAGUGUUUGUUGCGAAGCGCUGAAGGGAGAAGAGGAGGUGAGUAGAAUCCCGUGUGGUCAUGUGUAUCACAAAUGCUGUAUUCUCAAGUGGCUUCAGAUGAGCAAUUCGUGUCCUCUCUGUAGAACCAAAUUAGAACAAUAA